AGCAGCGGGGCUCGACGGCGCGGCCAGCCGGCCGCCAUGGCCGCGCACGGGAAGCUGCGCCGGGAGCGAGGGCCGCAGGCCGAGUAUGAGACGCAAGUCAAAGAGAUGCGCUGGCAGCUGAGUGAGCAGCUGCGCUGCCUGGAGCUGCAGGGUGAGCUGCGGCGGGAGCUGCUGCAGGAGCUGGCCGAGUUCAUGCGACGACGUGCCGAGGUGGAGCUGGAGUACUCCCGCGGCCUGGACAAGCUGGUCGAGCGCUUCUCCAGCCGAGGAGGCCGCCUGGGGGGAAGCAGCCGAGAGCACCAAAGCUUCCGGAAGGAGCCAUCCCUCCUGUCGCCCUUGCACUGCUGGGCCGUGUUGCUGCAGCAGACACGGCAGCAGAGCCGGGAGAGCGCGGCUCUCAGCGAGGUGCUGGCAGGGCCCUUGGCCCAGCGCCUGAGUCACAUCGCAGAGGAUGUGGGGCGCAUAGUCAAGAAGAGUAAGGAUCUGGAGCAAGAGCUGCAGGAGGAGCUCCUGGAGGUGGUGUCAGAACUUCAGACGGCCAAGAAGACAUACCAGGUCUACCACACGGAGAGCGUGAAUGCCGAGGCCAAGCUCCGGGAAGCGGAGCGGCAGGAGGAGAAGCGAGCAGGCCGGAGUGCCGCUGCAGCCGCCAUCACCACCACCAACACCGAAGCAGGGCCCCUCCGCAAGAGCUCUGUCAAGAAGGGGGGGCGGCUGGUGGAGAAGCGUCAGGCCAAGUUCUUGGAGCACAAACUCAAGUGCACGAAGGCGCGCAACGAAUACCUGCUCACCCUGGCCAGUGUCAAUGCUGCUGUCAGCAACUACUACCUGCGGGAUAUCUUGGACCUCAUGGAUUGCUGUGACACAGGGUUCCACUUGGCCCUGGGGCAGGUGCUCCGAAGCUACACAGCUGCUGAGAGCCGCACCCAGGCCUCCCAGAUGCAGGGCCUGGGCAGCCUGGAAGAGGCGGUGGAGGCCCUAGAUCCUCCAGGGGACAAGGCCAAGGUGCUGGAGGUGCAUGCAGUCGCCUUCUGUCCCCCACUGCGUUUUGACUACCAGCCCCACGAGGGGGAUGAGGUGAGGGUGACUGCCCCGCCCCUUUUGUCUGGUGCUCAGUGCAAGGGGAGUGGACGGAGCAUCCUUGCCAAGCUGCAGGCCAAGCAUGAGAAACUGCAAGAGGCCAUUCAGCGAGGUGACAAGGAGGAGCGAGAGGUGUCUUGGACUCAGUACACACAGAGAAAAUUCCAGAAGAGCCGCCUCCCCCGCCCCAGCUCCCAGUAUAACCAGAAACUCUUCGGGGGAGACAUGGAGAAGUUUAUCCAGAGCUCAGGCCAGCCCGUGCCCCUGGUGGUGGAGAGCUGUGUCCGCUUCAUUAAUCUUAACGGCCUGCAGCACGAGGGCAUCUUCCGGGUGUCUGGUGCCCAGCCACGGGUCUCGGAGAUCCGCGACGCUUUUGAGAGAGGGGAGGACCCGCUAGUGGAAGGCUGCACAGCCCACGACUUGGACUCAGUGGCAGGGGUGCUGAAGCUCUACUUCCGGAGCCUCGAUCCCCCACUCUUCCCCCCGGACUUGUUCAGAGAGUUGCUGGCUUCUGUGGAGCUGGAGGCCAUGGCAGAGCGGGUGGAGCACGUGAGCCGCCUCCUGGCGCGGCUGCCUGGAUCGGUGCUGGUGGUCCUCCGCUACCUCUUCACCUUCCUCAACCACCUGGCCCAGUACAGUGAUGAGAACAUGAUGGACCCCUACAACCUGGCCGUGUGCUUUGGGCCAACACUGCUGCCCGUGCCCGCGGGGCAGGACCCGGUGGCCUUGCAGGGCCGGGUGAACCAGCUGGUGCAGACGCUCAUCGUGCAGCCCUCGCGGGUUUUCCCACCCCUGAGCCUGCUGCCGGGGCCCGUCUACGAAAAAUGCAUGGCUCCGCCUUCUGCCAGCUGCCUGGGGGACACCCAGCUGGAGGGCCUGGCAGGGGAAAAUGAGCCGGAGAUGGAAGCUGGGACCCCCGCCCAGGAGGAUGACCUGGAAGGGGUUGUAGAGGCCGUGGCCUGCUUUGCCUAUACCGGCCGCACAGCCCAGGAGCUGACCUUCCAGCGUGGGGAUGUGCUACGGCUGCACGAGCGGGCCUCAGGGGACUGGUGGCGGGGUGAGCACAACGGCGCCCGGGGACUCAUCCCGCACAAAUACAUCAUGCUGCCCGCAGGGUCAGAGAAGCUCACGGCGGGCCAGGGGCUGCAGGCUGCAGGGGAGCUGGGGAGCAGUCCAGAGGGCCUCCUGGCCAUGGAGUUCCUCCAUCGGCCAGAGCCGUGCACCCCACCCGAGGCCCCUCUGGGCGCACCUGGGGGCCCCUCUGGACACAGACGGCACUACUUGGUCCCAACCUCCCUGGAGCGACACGUGGAGGUGGAUAAGGCCGUAGCACAGACCAUGGACUCUGUGUUUAAGGAGCUCUUGGGCAAGACCUCUGUCCGCCAGGGCCUCGGGCCAGGGUCCACCAACUCCCCGAGCCCUGGGCCCCGCAGCCCGAAGCCUCCAACCUGCAGCCGCCUCGGAAAGAACAAAGGCUUCUCCCGUGGCUCUGGGGCCCUGGCCUCACCCUCAGCAUUCCAUUCCCAGGGGCUGGACUCACCCGUCAAGCCGCACUGAGGUGCUGCUGGCUCCUUUGCAGGCCCCGCCCCACCCCAGGCAGCCACCGGUGAGACCAGCCACCCUCCUCAGGCCCUUUGCUUCUCCCUGGCCCUGUCCAGCAAGCGCUGAGCACCUGCUCUUGACUCUUUGCAGAGGAGGAUGCCCCUGCCUGCCCCCAGCCCUGGCUUAGGCCCCUCUGGGAGGCAACCAAGGAAGGAGGCUGGGGGCAGGCCCCUCCCCGGCUUUGCUGUAAGGGGUCAUCAGUGGCUGUUGGGUGACAGGUGCCCUUGCUCAGAUAAGCAGGCACACCAGUGCCUAGGCCUGUCUCUGCCUCAGCUGAGAGUCUGAGCCUGGAGGGGUUGGCAGGCAGGAAUUGGCAGCCAUUCAUAAAGACCUGUGCAUUGACUCCCC